AAACUUAGGUAAACAUAUAAACAUGUAUGUCUAUACAGAGGAAGAUAAACUUUUUAAGACCAAGAAGAACAGUUCUUUCCUUAACGAAGCACAUGAGAGUUGCUCAUAGCACGUCUAACAAAAGAAAUGAACAAUUCAUACACCUGUGAAGUGUGAGCAUCAAUUUUAGUGACAUGGUUAACCAAAGAAAAAAAAGAUUUCAAUAACACCAGAAGGAAAGAGUAAUAAAUAUCCUCACCUGAAAUUUGUCUGAAACCAUGUGUCGUAGUCGUUGAUAAUAGACGGGCCCAUAAAGAUCCCACUGUACAACACCUCUAAACCGUGGUAAUUGACCCCCUUCUGUCUUAACAUUUCACCCAAUUCAUCAACAAGUGAAUUGGGAUUUGAUUCUGUCUCUCCAUUGGCUUUGUCCAAUGAAGAAGGUUCUGAUACAGUUUCUCCAUUAGCUUUCUUAGCUGAACUGGCAAAUGGAGGAACUGUUCAAUGAAGACUCAGCUUUUAUUAUAGCUAAAAUUGCUUCCCAAAUCUUCAUAUGAAUUGUAUGUAUAUGCCUAAAUUUCUGUGAAAAUUUUUAAUGGGUCCUUGAGACAGAUCGUGCUACUUUAAUUUGGGCCUAAAAAGCAAACUGGUAGAAUUAGGUCUUUUAUUCCCUAAUAUUGGUAUCCAAUUCUAGUUUGUAACCCAAAUUCUCUGCGUAUAUGUAAGCUACUGACUCAGUAUGGGAUUUUAAAGCUGGUGAAAGAUCCAUGAAAAUCAAAGCAAAUUGUACAUGUCUGGCUCUACUUAUAUUUGCUGCUUCCAACUUUGAUGUUGCUAUGAAAAAUGAUUAUUAUGAUAUUAUAAAGGGCAAGAUUAUUGCUCUUUUUUAUUUUUUAUUUUUUAUUUUUUAUGUUUUUGGGGUAAUAUAGUCCUUCCAUCCGAAGUUUGUUUUGUUUGAAUAGAUGGGAUUGUCAAGGGCAUUGGAGACAUUAUCAGGACAGGCAUAUGGAGCAAAGCAAUACCAUAUGCUGGGCAUACACAUGCAGAGAGCCAUGUUUGUUCUCUUAAUUGUUAGCAUACCCCUUGCCGUUAUUUGGGCAAACACGAGAUCUAUUCUAACUUUACUGGGCCAAGAUGCUGAAAUAUCAGCAGAAGCCGGACAAUGUGCUCGGAUUAUGAUUCCGAGCAUUUUUGCCUAUGGUCUUCUUCAAUGCUUCAUAAGAUUCUUACAGACCCAAAACAUUGUUUUUCCAAUGAUGUUGAGCUGUGGAAUCACAACAUUAAUCCAUAUGAUUUUGUGUUGGAUACUGGUAUUGAAAUCUGGACUUGGAAACAGGGGAGCUGCCUUGGCAAAUUCCAUCUCCUAUUGGAUCAAUGUGCUAUUGUUGGGCCUCUAUGUGAAGUUCUCGUCUUCACGUGCAAAAUCUUGGACAGGGUUUUCAAAGGAAUCUUUGCAAAACAUUCCCACUUUUCUUAAGCUUGCCAUUCCUUCAGCUGUCAUGGUCUGCUUGGAGAUGUGGUCAUUCAAAAUGAUGAUUCUUUUAUCGGGUGUUUUUCCCAAUCCCGAGCUAGAAACCUCUGUUCUUUCUAUAUGCCUUAACACAGCUGGAACAGUAUGGAUGAUUCCUUUUGGACUAAGCGGUGCUGUAACCAUUCGGGUUUCGAAUGAAUUAGGAGCAGGACACCCCGAUGCAGCUCGCUUAGCAGUACAUGUUGUCUUGGUCGUGGCUAUUACUGAGGGUUUAUUGGUCGGAUUGGUCCUUAUAUUGAUACAGAACAUCUGGGGCUACGCUUUUAGCAAUGAAUUGGAAGUUAUCAAAUAUGUAGCAAUAAUGAUGCUAAUACUUGCAGUAUCCAACAUUUUAGAUGGACUCCAGUGUGUUCUUUCAGGGAAUGCAAGAGGAUGUGGGUGGCAGAAGAUUGGAGCUUAUGUGAACCUCGGAUCCUACUAUUUGGUGGGAAUUCCAUCAGCUGUUUUAUUGGCUUUUGCCUUCCAUAUUCGUGGAAAGGGUCUCUGGUUGGGAAUAAUAUGUGCAGUCGUGGUACAAGUGCUAUCUCUUUUUACUAUCACCAUUCGCACCAAUUGGGAGCAAGAAGUAACAUUUCUCUCUCACUUUCGCCUUUCUCCAUUUAUUUUCUUCAUCUCAUUUUCGAUGUUUUUUAUUCAGGCAAAGAAGGCUACAGAAAGAGUCUACGACUCAAAAAUUUCUGUCAAUAUAGUCUCGUGAUAUGCUUAAUGUGACUUGCAAAAAAGACAACUUUCAUAGCAAAAAUCUGUUAAAGAACGUAGCUAUAUAUGGCAAUCUUGGAAUUUUGUGAAGUGAUAUAACUUGACUGCUGGAAGAUACAGCGGCUGCAGAGUAAGAAGACUUGAGCUUUCAGCUUAUUCUUGUAGCUCUAUUUCUUGAAGUUUCUACUUUUCCUUAAAUUUUGACGUUACAUGAGGAGUAAUUUUGUUUUAUAUGAAGUUUAUCGUAAGAAUAUUAAACUGUGCCUUUA